UUCAGCCAGAGUUGGAAAGGCAAUCUGUUUUUACUGUUGUGGAGAGAAAAUCUUUGGUCACUGAAUCCGUGAGACAGAGAGGGGGUUAAAAGCUGUUAUUUGGGUAUUUUUUUGACAAGUCUGAUGCUGGAAAGUUCCAUGUCUAACCUAGACUCUCGGAUGUGGACAGAAGUUCUUUAGGGCUACAUGAAGUGAGAGAGAUCACUAACACCGUGCCUUUGAGAAGAUAUCCCCGAGCUGAAGGUGGUUGUGUACAUUGCCGACCUAUGCUUUCUUUAAGACAAGACACGCAGGAUACCUCAGCUACAAGCACUUCGCCUCCUCUUUGCACAACUUCAUCACCUAAAAAGGCUAAAAUAGAGCCAUAAGAGAAUAGAAAAUAAUGACCUGAGAAUGUAUGACUAAAGUGAGGUCUGCAUUAAAAUUCCCUCACUUGUCUGAUAUUUCUGGGCACCAUCUUUUGUGGAAUAUACACUUGAACGUGUCUUUAACAAAUAAAAAUAAAACACAAGUGCAGUAUUUCUUUUUGAUGGGAGAUUUCUCAGUGAUUGAACAACCAUCCCAUCUUUCUGCUCCAGCUGAUGGAAGGCUCUCAAGGUUGUUUUAAAAGUGGACUUUGCACAAAGAGCCAACCCACAGCUUUUGCUGUAUGAGACACAAGAAAAUCGAUUGAUUGCCUUUUUUUAAACUUCAAACUUUAUGAUUAUAACCUUCGGACAUGGCGUUAAACCUAUCUUCAGUCAGAGACACAAAAUGGUUAACUCUGGAAGUCUGUCGCCAGUUCCAGCGAGGAAACUGUUCACGUAGUGAUGAGGAAUGCAAAUUUGCUCAUCCACCGAAGAGCUGCCAAGUUGACAAUGGGAGAGUUGUUGCCUGCUUUGACUCGCUGAAGGGUCGAUGCUCAAGAGAAAACUGCAAGUAUCUUCAUCCACCUUCACACUUAAAAACCCAGUUAGAGAUUAAUGGGCGCAACAACCUCAUCCAGCAGAAGACCGCAGCAGCCGUGCUUGCCCAACAGAUGCAGCUCAUGAUCCCAGGACCUAGCCUGCAGCCUGUGCCAACAUUUCAAUUUACACAGGGACUGGGCACCAACACUGGUCUUGGUUACGGUUCAUACAUGACACCGCUGAGCCAUGGAAUGAGCCUCAUCUCGACAGACAACCUCUCCAGCAACCAGGUCCUUGUUUCUGGAAGCCCACCUGUCACGGUCCAGAGCUCCUCUUCUUCUUCAUCCUCUUCUUCUCCCUCACAGAAGCUGCAGCGUACAGACAAACUCGAGGUGUGCCGCGAGUUUCAGCGGGGAAACUGUGCAAGAGGGGAGACAGAUUGCCGCUUUGCUCACCCCAGUGACAGCCCCAUGAUUGACACCACAGAUAACACUGUCACUGUUUGCAUGGACUACAUCAAGAGCCGCUGCUCCAGGGAGAAGUGCAAGUAUUUUCACCCGCCUGCACACUUGCAGGCAAAAAUCAAAUCGGGUCAACAGCAAGUCAAUCACACAGCCGUGGCAGCCCAGGCCGCCGCCGCCGCAGCCAUGACUCAGUCGACUGCCAAAGCAAUGAAGCGAUCCCUCGAGGCAACUGUAGACCUGGGCUUUCCCUACAGCGUACCCCUACCAAAGAGACAAGCUUUUGAGAAGAGCAGCUGGGCCAGCUCUCUCCUCAGCCCCAGUUUUUUGCACUACCAACAAGCUCUGGCCAACUCACAGCUGCAGCAGCAGACUGCCGCAUUUUAUCCCACAGGUUCGGUCUUCUGCAUGGCUCCGGGUAACAACAUGGUCCCCAUGAUGUACAGCGCUACGCCUGCUACUGUCUCUGCAGCAACUACUCCCGCCACAAGUGUCGCCUACGCAGCAACAGCACCAGCCAAUCAGAUCAUCCUCAAGUAACCACCAGAAACAGAAGUCAGUGCCGUGUUGCUGCUGAUAAAGACGCCAAACAGCUCUGUAAAUAUUCUGUCAACACCACACACAACGUACAACAAACUGCAUGCAGAUAACAUCGCUGAGGAGAAGGCUGUUGCCAUUGCUUUGAUCUCUAACAAUACAUUACAUUAGUAGGAUUAUACAAUGUUAGAUAAGUGUCACAGAAGAUUAUUGUAUGCACGCACCUUUGCACCUGCAUCAACAUGCAUCCUCACUAAUUUGCAUAAUAUACUUGUUUCUAAUUCCUAAAGCAUUUCUGACAAGGUCAUGGGUGCAUUUAGCCUCUUAAUCAGCUGUAAUGCAAUGUGUCUACAUAUAUGAUGCUCAUGAAUACAAAUUUCAUGCACUAAACCAAUCAGACCAAGAAACAGGUAGUGCAGAUACAGCAACACCUAAACAUUAACAGAUGUUGUUCACUGACAGUUUAUACUUCUGUAAAUAAUACAAGAGAUGAGCAUGACAGAUCUAAUCUGAAUAGAGAAAUGUUAAGACCAGGUGUAAAGGGGUCCUUUAUUGGUGAUUGUUCAAAUUGUAUCCUCAAGAUAUUGAGAAACAAUUUAUUUUUCCGUUCUUGAAUGUGUUGUUAACUCAAAGGUUUUUCACAAUGAUUGUUUACCUAGUGCAAGCUUUAAAUAUUUCAAACAAACUAGAAAAAGCACUUAUUUCAACUUUAAACUCCAAGUUGUAAAAAUGACUGAAGUUUCCUUUACAAUGUUCUGAGGGUAGUCCAUCUAAUAUCUUACCCCCUCAUCCCAGAACAGGAACAGUGCUCCACCUCCUGGUGUGCCUUUGCAUUGCAUAUACAGUACGUUUGCCGAGAGAAAAAACUAGUAUAAUCCAUUUAUCGCAAAUACUUUAUUGCAUUCAAGUAAACAUUAUUCAAACAUUAAAAUGUUCCCCGCUUCAUUAUUAAAAAAUAACUUUGGGGAUUAUCGCUUACGGUGAUGGAUGACUUGUUGCAGACAGUUUCACAAAGAUAGAUUUUGACUAGGCUUAGGUCAAACUAAUAUCCAGAUUUCAGACGUCUAAAUGGAUAAGGUAGGACUAUCAAUCAGCUCAGCAGAAAAUUCUUGGAUUUAUUAGUUCACUGAUUACUCCCCUUUUUUUAAGUGUGGUGCCACUAGUCAGCAGGCAGCAGGCUUCACCGACUGUUGCCAUGGAAACAAUGGUCAGCAGGUGUUGCUGAUUGUAACAAUAGAAACACUGUUCAGCAGGUGUCCCCAAAUGCUACCAUAGAAUGACUUUAAUUCUAGCCUGGUGGUAGUGUGGCUAACAUUUUCAGCCUGGUGACACCUGCUGAACAGUGUUUCUGUAAGGGAUUAAUAAAGUAUGUCGUCGUCUUCUUCUUCUUUAAAUUGAGCCUGUUUUUGUGUGGUCUUAUUACAUUUUGACUGGCCUAAAAUUCAAGAUCAGUAUAAAAUGUCUUUGUGAAACUGGCUCCGGCUCAACCUGAACAUAAAGCGAGCUGUGUUUUUAAGAAGAGGCUCCACAGCCAUCGAAGUCAACUCGCGAAAAGGGUGUACGAAUUACUGCAGCUCAUAUUCAAACUAAAGCUCCUAUAAUCCUGUAAGGGAUGAGUUGAGUAAUGUGUAAAAUGUUAGUCUUAAUGUUACAGUCAGUUGUCAGUACUGUAUUAUUUGAAUGUUACAAGUGCCUGAUAAUUGUGCAGAUGAGGAUAUCCGUGCAUAUUUAAAAGGCUUUGUGUGAAAAAAAAUCACUAGAUUUAUUCUGCUCUCCUUAAGUCACAUUCUGAAAGCAAUGUUUUGCAAUGCUAUGUCACCCUGACAGGUUGCAGUACAUUAGUAUUUCAAUUAUAGUUUAAGUAAUUCUUUCAAUUAACUUUCACUGAUGCUCAAAUGUGUAUGUGUGUACCAUGUAUAAGAGUUGAUAUCCUGCUUAAGUUCAUUUUUUUCACUUUUAAGAUAAGUAUAUGACAAUGUUUCCUAUUUAGUUUCAUGCAGUAAAAUACUUUACGUAGUCAAGUAGGAUUUAAGGAGUUAGAAGUGUGGUGAGUUCAGUUGUGUAUGGUUGAUACCACAUUAUGCAAUUACCCAUCUUUGUUUGAAACUGACAGCAGACAGAGUGGCUAUUGUGUCGGGUUAAGUGGAAAACUAAACAGAUGUUUAAAAAAAACCAUUUUCACUCAUGUUACGUUAUCUUAAACAUGUUUAAUAUUCAUUUUAGUUUGCAGUUUUGGAAACAGCUUGUGCAAACAUCCACCUUUCCUUAAAUGUUACCGAUGUCUUUUUAAGUGACUGAUGAGGUUUUUUUUUAUGAAGAGUAUAUGUACACCCAUAUGUGAUUAACUCAGACAAUCCACCAAGAGAUGUUUCAUUUGUUCACAAUGUUUUCAUUCAUUGCAAAAGGUUUUACACAUUAUUGGUCGGAAUAUAAGAAGCAUACUUGCAUAUUUUACUAGUUUAACUUUAGGAAAGAACACUUUUAAAAUGUAUUCUCUUCUAUUUUAUGACGAAUGUAAUUUAUUAAACUGAAUUUAGCUCUGCUGGAGGUUCCUUAAAGGGCCUCGCUCUGUUGUAUUAGCCUAUGAUAAGCCGUCUUGUGUCCAGGGAUCAAAUGUUGGAGCAAAGAGAUGCUUAAAACAUUACAUCCCUGUCACUGCCUUGUCACCUGUGAGGGACAACCUUUGUAUGAGCAAGGCCAUAGAAUUGCUUUUUAUGUACAAAAGUGCAUUGUACAGGCCACAUUUUAUGGAAAGUAACUUUCAUAAUAGGGUAACAGUAGUUUGUCAUUUAAUUGUUUUGAUGUGUUGCUGAGGCAAUCUGAAGUUGCAGUGAUUUAAAACCUGUUUUUUUGUAGGGGCUGACAUUGUUUUUCCCCCUCACAAUAACACGUUAGGUUGUACUGUCAGAGAUUUGAUUUUAUUAUGCCAUUGUGAAACACUGUAAGUGAUCCAGUGCAUGAGAAUAUAUUUUGAAAUGUGAUUUUUCUGUGUUUUAUAUGGUUUCCACUGCAUGUCAACAUCUUGCAGCAAACGUAUAAUCCACCCUUAAAGAAUCUGCAGUCAGAAGGUCAGGAGUUGAUGGUUCAGCAACUGUUUGAACAUUACAUUUAUUUUCAUGAUAUAGUUGCUUUUACAGUUUAGGUUGUUGUUAUUAGAUAUAUGACAUUUCCCCCCUUAUUUAUUUUACAUGCAAAUAAAAAGGCAUAUAACCGAAUGUUUGUUUCACCUUUUGGCAAAAAGCUUGAAUGUCAUGCACAUGGAGGUUGUAUUAGAUUUGGAUCAGCCAGUCAAAAGAUGUUGACAGUAAGAAUGUUUAGUCUGACCGACUCAAGCACUUUCUCAACCAUCAAACUGAGAGGACAUGCUUUUUGUCAACUUUGCCUUAUCUUUAAUCUAUUCAUAAAUUUGUAUUUGUUCAGUCAUGAAUUUCAUUUUAUCUAAUAAAUAAAGUGCAUUUCACUGAACUUUCCUUUGAAAUGAUUGCUACACAAGUUUUGAGUUUGAGGCUAAAAUGACAGUAUGUAAAAUCAACCCAAACAUUAUCCCGAUAGACCUGGCUUAAAUGCUUGUUAACUGAUAUCCCACAGUAACAAAACACAUGUACCAUUUGAUUAAAUCCUGGCCUGAAUAUAAACUGUCCCUCUUUUUUUAUAAUGUGUUAAAGUUAUUUUAUUUGUGCUUAAGUAAACAUUUCAUGUGGAUAGUUUUUUUCCUGUAAAUUCAAAAUUGUGUUAAAUCUAAUAUUGCAAAUAAAUACAUGUCAAGUUAA